ACUCCUGAGUUUUGUUCCAAUUAUCUCACCAACACCAUUUAAAAAAAAUGAAUAUCUUUCAUCUCUUUACAUUAAAUAUCACGUAAAAUGUUAUGAUAAUUAUUUAAAAUGCUUUGAACCAAGUACGGGUCCCCUAGGUUGCUUUAGAGACAACAACUUUUGAGAUUAUCCCCAAAAUAGCAGAAUAAUAAAUACGCCCUCAAAGUACUAGCUCUUCUAUGAAAAAAGAUAUGAAUGGUGGCAUAAUAACAAUGCACAGUCGUGCUCCACUGCUUGUCAAAUUAACAUUUUGGAUCCAGUCAUGUAAACUCCGAAAUUUUUAGUAAAUGAAAAUAUUAUCAUGGUUGAUCCAAGCAUAUUUUAUUAGGUCAACCUAGGGUCCCGAAAUGCCAAUCGAUAUUCAUACUAUUUUCGGUUAAUUAUCAUUCGUUGUCUUGCAAAAUACUACACUCAUAACACUGUAGAUCGAAUUACGCAGCACAGUAAUUGUCAUUUACAGUAAUAGCUCUUCAAUGAUACCAUGGGUUGUGGAACAAGUUCUCCAGUUGCCGAAAAUCCUACAAGUGAUAGGUCAGGAUACCAGGCAAAGACCACCAGCAACAAACAGUCUUAUUCUGCACACAGAGGAAACUCUUCAUCUUCCCGUAAAAGUUCAAAGGCAUCUGAAAAUGGCACUGGGAUUCCUAAAGAGAAAUCUCAUGACAGUAUAUCUAUUAAACCAGUUAAGGACAAUGUGACAUCUUCACAAAAACCCGCAAGUCCAUCAAAUGUAGAGAACUCUGCAAGAUCAAGGAGAAGUUCUAAAUCUUCUGAAGCUGGCAAUGUGAUUGUUAAAGAGAAAUCCCAAAACGGUAUUAAAGACUAUGAGACAUCUUCACCUCACGAUAAUAAUUCAAUGAAAUCUGCAAGUUUGUCAAAUGUCGACCGUGAAAAACUCCAGGAGGAAGAGAGCAAGGAAGACACUGCAGGGGAUAUAAAAAAGAAUGAUUCAGCAGAGGAGACUCAACAGACGAAGGAAGAGAGGCCACUGUCUAAUACUGACAGUGCUGUCAUUGUCGCCAAAUCACCUGACCAAGUCAGUCAGCCAAUGGAAAAAGAGGAUUCCAAACUAUCAAUGUUAUCACAUGACACUAUGAGAUCUUCAGCAGAAACAGAUGAUGCUGUGUCUUUGACAGAAGAGCAGAAGUUAGCUGCACAAGAAUCAGCAGCAAUGGUAGCUAACGUUAUUGAAAUGGCUGAAGAAAACGUUCAUCAGAUCGAAGAAAUGGAAGAAGAAGAAAAUGACAGCAGUCUGGAGGAGGGGUCAGUUCAAAGUGUAAAAGAUGAGGAGUGGGCAUCUCAGAAUGGAGAUAUAGAGGACAAGUCAGAUCAAACGAGCGAGGCGUCAACUUCUGUCGGAACUUCGGGACAAAUCUUAGUGCUUGAAGAGGCUCAGGAAGAGCAGGAGGAAGACUCUGAAAAUAAAGAUGAUGGUCCCAAGGAGAAAAUAGAUGACAACAUGUGUGAUGAAAACACCAAGUUACCUCCCCUUCCUCAGAGAGCACGGCCAGCAAACUUCAAGUUUCUCUCAACCUUUGGUCAUUCCAAAUGGCCAAUAAGAAAUUUUGCCAAGUUUGAUUUCAACAUCAAUGCUGGACAUGGGGGCUGUGCUGGCCUGUUGUUGGCGUCUAAUUUUUAUGGGGGAGCAGGAAAAUGCUGCAACUCACGAAUCACAUUCCUCAGAUGUGGAUUUGACUGUAAUCACUUCAGCUGUGCCAAUCUUAAAGAUAGUAAGGGGGAACAUUUUGGGCCAGAGCAAGGGUACAGAGUGGAUGAAGAGGGAGGCUUCUUGGGGGAUCUUCACAUGGGGAACAACCAUGUGAUGCUUCUAACAAAUGACUCCAAGAAUGGGAGACUGGGUAAUGGGAUAUUGGUAGAAGCCACAGAAGCCAAAACCAAUCUGUGUGUCAAUGUAAAUGGAAGUCAGGGAAAUAAAAAUGGAGGAGGAACAACGUUGAUUCUGUGUAGCGGAACAGUAGAAAAUAAGCCUGUGUCUGCCAUGUACAUGAUAAGUACUGGUGGCAAGGACAACUAUAUGGCAAGUUGUUUAAUGUCUGGUAGUGACAAGUGGACAUACGGAGUUGGAGAAAAUGGGUUUCUCCACGUGAAUGGUCCCAGUGAUAGUCGCUAUGCAGUGUACCACAACAGGGAGGAGCUUGUCUUGAUGGAAUCAGGAACAAAGCAGUCAAACGUUCUGAUGACCCAGGCCUGGAAUGGGCAAGAGCCCACAGCCAUGGUGGAUAACAUUCCAGCCCAUGGCUGUUUUGUGGUUCUUUGUUCCAAUACAUCAGGAGCAGAUGAUCAUUCUUGUGCUGCGUUUUACCUUCUGACCAUUGUCGAAGACGGAAUCGAAAGCAAGGUCAUAAGUAAACUUCAUGGUGAGGGGUACACCACCGGAGACCUGUGGAAGUUUGAGAAGUCGGGAAGCAGUGUCAUUGUCACUGGUCCUAAAGGCCCAUGUCGCUAUACUGUCCUGUCCAAUGAGGAGUAUAGGGACCAGCAGUAUAUAUUCCAGGACAUCUGUCUGGCCACGGGCUCCCCUCAGCCAAUCAGAGGCCUGGUGGAGAUUAACAUGGAGGCGGUACAGGGAAUUAUUGAGAAAGCCUCUAAAGUGUGCAUACAAGUGGAUGGGAAGGUUAUACGCAUGUUUGAUCCAGACGAACUUACAAAGGUCAAAGAGGGCUAUGGAUUUAAACGUCUGUGGAAGUCGGAAGAGCUGCCUUGUGGGGCAAACAUGGUCAGAGUCCAAAUCAUCAACAAACAUGUCACAAUGGGUACGGAGGAAUAUGUUCAUCUGAUUGGCUCCCCCAGACAGCUGGAGGUCCAGAAGGACCUGGUCCACUACGCCCUGAACUGUGGGGGCCCCACCUACACAGCAGUCAAUGACAUCACAUACACCAGCGAACACAGACAGUUCGCAAGCUUCACGUAUGAUUUCAACUGUGGAUCCAGAUGUUUGGCUUAUGGCAAAAAUCAUAACUUGGUCAACAUUUUGGAGCUGAUCAACAACACUCAUGAUGGCUUCCUGUAUGCUUCAGUGAGAACUAAAUACACAGAACCCAUUGAUGAACAAAAAGUUAUUUAUACUGUGAAGACACUAGAUGUUCCCGAUGGUGAAUACAUACUAAGGCUUCACUAUGUUGGCAAGGGCUACAAGACACAUUCUAUCUCAUUUAAUGGAGAGUCCAUACAAGCACAGGUGGCCAAGGUAGGAGACAAAGUUCCUGACAUCGGGGGUCAAGGCCUGUCUGCUUUCCAUGCAGACAUCAAGGUGACCGUCAAUAACAACCGAUUUGUGUUGAACACGGACGCCCCCAUCGCUGGCUUCGCUCUGCUGAACAAGGCGUACCAGGAUCCCAGGAAGUCUGAGGAGGAGCUAAGGAAGGAGGGGGAGGAGAAGUCACGGCUGAUGGACAAGGUGGAACCUGUGAUGAGGACAGUCAUGAGGAAGGAAAUGGAGAUCGUGGGGUGGUCUCAAAACCUGAUUAAAAACUCCAGUGGGGAGGAGGGGCAGCUGUCCUUCUGGAACUUUUCAGGGGACUGGAAAAUAAUUGAGGGGGGAUACAAUGCGGAGAAAGCUUUUGUAACAUCCCACAUGUGGUGUACCAAGUACCAGGAGGUGGAACUUACCCAGCACUUCUCUGAGGAAUAUCUCGAUACAGCACCUGAGAUACAGGUGACUGAAUGGUACAGGGAAGGAGUAUGUGGCGGGGGGCAUUACAAAAUGACAGCUCUUCUUAUGGAUAGUGAUGGCAAUGUAAUGCAGCGUUACAAUUUACCAGAAACUGGUAGAAUAUACCGUGACAAAAAAUGGGAACAAGUAGGGACCACAUUUAAAGACUAUGGACCGGGAGCCAGAAUUGUCUCCAUAGAAAGUUCAGGAAAGGACGAUAAGUAUUGGGGAGGCCAUUAUGGAGUGAUUAUUUCUAGCUCAGUCAUCCGGGUCAAGAGAGAGGCCAAACCAGCCCAGGGGGACAAGUUUGAGGAUAUUGAACUGGAUUCAGAAGAUACUUCAAAAUUGACCAAUGUUGUGGAUAGUCUGGUAGGGAAGGUGUUAAAAGACAACAAGGAAUUACUGGAGCAAUAUCUAGAGGAGGAAGUUGUACCUAAAUUUGAAGAAAAGUUUGAAAAACAAGUGGAAUUGAGUCCAGCCUCAGCUCUUCAAGUUCGCAAGCCAAAGGCCAAGCGGAAGAAGAGGGAAAUCAGGGUCUUUGUGUCCAGCACCUUCAAAGACUUUUCUCAGGAAAGAGAGGAAAUAAUCAAGAAAAGUUUCAGAGAGAUUAAUAGGAUUUGUGCAGAGAGGGGCGUAUUCUUUACCUACGUGGACCUGAGAUGGGGGAUAUCCUCAGAACAGUCAUCAGAUGGAAAAACUAUUGCGAUCUGUUUGAAAGAGAUUGAGCGGUGCCGUCCGUACUUCCUGUGCCUGAUGGGGGAGAGGUUUGGAUGGAGUCAGAAAAGCGAUUCAAAUGAUGAGCUGCUCUCCAAGACGUAUGAUUACGCGGUGGAGAAUUAUCCGUCCCUGAAGUGGAUAAACGAGCACCGGUAUAACACAAGCGUAACUCAGCUGGAGGUCCUUCAUGGAGUUUUAAAUGACAUAGAGAUGAACACAAAGAGGAGCUUCUUCUACCUCCGAGAACCAGUUCAAAUUGGGAACAUGGAUGAGAACGAAUUCAAGAAAUUCAAAUCGGAAUCAGAGUGGCAUAAUGAGAGACAGAUGUCCCUGAGAAACAUGGUGGAACAGCUGGGAGAAAAGGCCAACAUCCGAUCGUUCUCAAAACCGACACAAGUCUCCCAGAUGAUCAAAGAGGAUUUACAAAAAUGCAUUGAUGAGGAUUUUCCCAUUGGAUCAGAGUUAACUCCUCUUGAACGUGAAAGAGAGGCUCACCAGGCCUUUGCUGAUGUGCGAUGUCAGGUUUACAUAGGAAGGGAGGAGUACUUCACCGAGAUAGACAGCAAUAUGGAGAAGGGGAUCAAUCAGCCCAUGGUACUAUUGGGAGAAUCUGGAUGUGGAAAAUCUGCUCUGGUUGCCAACUGGGUAAAAAGAACUCAGAAUAAAUACCCAGAUGCCUUCAUCUUUGUUCACUUUAUUGGAAGUUCUGCUGAAAGUUCUAGUUACUUAAAAUUACUAAGAAGAUUGUACGAGGAAAUGAAGAUUUUCUUUCACCUUGACCUUGACAUUCCUAACUCAGACAUGACCUUGGUGAGAGAGCUGGGUAAAUGGCUGAAGAUCUGUAGCACCAGACAGAAGUGUGUCAUUGUCCUGGACGCCCUGAAUCAGCUGGACGAUGGAUCCAAAGAGGACGGUGUGGAGCACAAUUUGUUAUGGAUACCUGGCAAACUGCCAAAGAAUGUUUUCAUUUUGUUGUCAACUUUACCUGGAAGGGCAAUGGACUCUGUGUUAAACUUUGGAUGGCCGACAAUGAAGGUGUCCCCGCUGGAGAACUCCCAGAAGAUGGAGAUAAUCACAGGGUACCUGGAGGGAAUUUAUGGUAAAACACUCAGUCAGGAACAGAAGGAGAUGAUAGUGGACGCUCCACAGACAAAUAAUCCACUGUAUCUACGAUCUCUGUUAGACGAGGUUCGGAUGUAUGGUAACUUCCGUAUGUUGACACAGAAGAUCCAGGACUACCUUCAGGCCGACAGUCCAGGCGUACUAUUCACAAAAAUUCUGGAGCGUCUGGAGUCUGAUUUCAAUUUGGAUGAUACAUCAUCAUCUGGAGUUGGAAUUGUGUUGAAGAGAAAACAAAGAACAAACAUGAUUCGUGAAACCACUACGGCUAUUUGGUGUUCUAACAGAGGCAUGUCUGAAAAUGAGUUGGUGGAACUGCUUGAGGUCCCUAUGGCAGUGUGGUCCCCUUUCUACAUGUCUCUCUCUGACAGCCUUGUCAACAAGGACGGAAUCCUUAAUUUCUUCCACGACCAUCUCCGGCAAGCGGUGGAGAGAAAGUACCUCAGUACCCCAGAGGAGAAGAAAGCCACCUAUCUCAAGCUGGCUAACUACUUCUCUACCAAGGAACUCACAGACAGAGUGGUGGAUGAGCUCCCCUUCCUUCUGGCUAAGGCUGGUGAGCUAGACAGGCUCAAGGAGACCAUCAGUAACUUUGACGUUUUCCAGAGACUGAUUAAGGAUGAAGAUAGGACAUUUGAGCUCAUCAAAUCCUGGCAACUGUUAGGAGAUUACACACUAGUGGAGGAGGAAUACUUUAAGAAGCUGUCCGAGAUCCCGGAAUCUGAGCGGGGGACAGAGAACUACUCUGCCCUUCUGGAUGACCUGGGGGGAUUCUUUGUGGAUCUUGGUCUGUACAAGGCUGCCAGAAAGGUGUAUGAGAUGCUAGUUACAGUCAUAGAAGCCCGAUACAAGGCAGACUAUACAACAGUGGUGUACAGUGCCUUCGCACAGAAGUGGAAGUAUCGCACCAGACACCCAGAAGUACUCAACGCUUUGCAGAAGCUGGGGUUGAUCUGUGAGAAGCUGAUGGAGCUAGAUGCCAGUCGCUAUUAUUACGAAGAUGCCAUCACCAGGCAAAACAGGGCAGUCACUCCCACACAAAAACUACAGUUGUGUGAAGGCCUUCUGGGAUUGGCAGCUGUAAUGAACCUUAAGAAUGACAUGCCCCAGUCCAAGAAACUUUUGAUACGGGCCCUGGAGCUGGCUACAGAGGUGUUAGGAAGACAGCAUCACUUUGUGGCAGCCAUUCUGAACAAGUUGGGAGUGUUGGGGUACACCCAGAGUCGUGUAGACGAGGCCCUGGCCUACUACCUCCAGGACCUGAAGCUGACCCGCAGUGAGGUGGGCGUGAACCACCCCAGGGUGGCCCGUAUCCUGGGCUCCAUAGGAAUGGUAUACGAUGACAAGAAUGACAAACUGGCCGGCGAGCUGUACGAGAGCAGUCUGGCCAUGCUGUUAGAUACGUACGGGUCUGCCCAUGUUGAUGUGGCUACUGUAAGAUACAACCUUGGGACCUUCUACUUUGCCACUAACUAUUAUGCUAAGGCCAAGUUCCAGUUCCAGGAAGCGUACAACAUUUACCAGGCCUUUUUAUCCGAGGAUCAUCCAGACACCAAGGCAGCCAAGCAGGCCCUUGAGGCAGUGCCUUGAUCAUCCAGACACUGAGGCAGCAAAGGAGGCCCUUGAGGCACUGCCUUGAGAGUGAUUGACUAUAGGACGUUUGCCUUACACCAAUCAUGGGGAAAGUGCCUUGAAGCACAGCACUCAAUAAGAUGCUAUCCUUGUUGUUAUACAUAAUUAAACCCUAUCCAUGUGACAAAUGUCUAAACCUUUUUGUUGUUGUUUGUCGUCUUGCU